GUGCCGACAUUAGUUUCAGGCCAGUGGAAAACUGCUGGGACUAGACCGUCAUGGGGGAGGCCAGUAGAGAUGAGUAUAGAAUCCAGUCGUUUGAUGCAGAGACCCAGCAGCUGCUCAAGACCGCGCUCAAAGAUCCAGGUGCCGUGGACUUGGAGAAAGUGGCCAAUGUGAUUGUGGACCAUUCCCUGCAGGACUGUGUGUUCAGCAAGGAGGCGGGACGGAUGUGCUACGCCAUCAUCCAGGCAGAGAGUAAGCAAGCAGGCCAGAGUGUCUUCCGCCGCGGGCUCCUCAACCGGCUGCAGCAGGAGUAUCAGGCCCGGGAGCAGCUGCGAGCCCGCUCCCUACAGAGCUGGGUCUGCUAUGUCACCUUUAUCUGCAACAUCUUUGACUACCUGCGGGUGAACAAUAUGCCCAUGAUGGCCCUGGUUAACCCUGUCUAUGACUGUCUCUUCCAGCUGGCCCAGCCUGAGAGUCUGAGCAGGGAAGAGGAGGUGGACUGCCUGGUGCUGGAGCUGCACCGGGUUGGGGAGCAGCUGGAGAAGAUGAACGGGCAGCGCAUGGAUGAGCUCUUUGUCCUGAUCCGGGAUGGCUUCCUGCUCCCAUUAGGCCUUAGCUCCCUGGGCCGGCUGCUGCUGCUGGAGAUGAUCGAGUUCCGGGCAGCUGGCUGGAAGACGACGCCUGCUGCCCAUAAGUAUUACUAUAGUGAGGUUUCCGACUGAGCUAGGCUGUGCUUGUGGCUGCACACACCUUCCUGUGUGCACCAGAAUCCUGGCCUCUCUAGACCCUUCCAGACUUCACUGCUGUGGUUCCCUCCCCUCGCUCUGAAUUGUGGAGAAAUCCCCCUUCCUCCAAGUCCUCUCAGCUUCCCUUUCCCACCACUCCCACCCGGGCCAGGCAGGGAAAGGCAACUAACAACCACUGAACUGUGUAACCACUGGUGCAACACUACCUUAGUGCCUCAGUUUCCCCAACUGUAAAAUGGGCCAUCAUAGCCAUUGGUGGGAUGCUUUGGGAUGUUAAGGGCAGAGUACAAAUUACAAGGGAAACAGUUUUAUACGUUUUGUACAGAGACUACUGUGGAGAUAGCCUGCAUCCUUCUGCUACCUUCCAUGAGUGACAACACCUCACCAGGUUGGGGUGAAGGUUUUCUAAUAAAUCUUUUCUGAAACCAAA